AAUCGGACAUCCGUCGAUCCGAACAUGAUCCCACCGUCAUCGUACCUCACGACUUGGGAUUUCUCGGCCGAUCCAUGCGAGACUUCCGGUUCAAAAUUCCUGGGGAUUCUAUGCUCUUUCCCUCAAGGCAAUUCAACGAGCAGAAUAACGGCGCUCGAGCUUGAUAGCGUCGGAUAUGAUGGAUUUUUGCCGCCCCGGAUAGGAACAUUUACUGCACUCACUACGCUCGAACUCAUCGGUAACAGGUUCAGAGGGUCGGUUCCGGAGACCAUAAAGAAUCUCAACAAACUAACCAGAAUCUCUCUUUCCGGUAACUUCACCGGCGGUAUCUGGACGUGGAUAUACAGGUUGAAGAAGCUUGAAAGGAUAAACCAGUCGGGAAACCAGCUCUCUGGUCGGAUCCCUGCUCGGAUCUCCAAGCUAAGAAGAUUGACUCACUUAACCCUAUCAAACAACGAGCUUUCACAAAGAAUCCCCAGCUUUUAUGCAUUGGAAAAUCUGCAGAUACUCGAGCUCGACUCGAACAUGUUGAUCGGAAGCUUGCCGAAGCUUCCUCCAGGGCUGACAACUUUAAGAUUGUCACACAACAAACUGACAGGCCAUAUCACAUCGUUAGUUAACCUCAAGCAUCUAAUAUCCAUAGAUUUGAGUGAUAACUGGUUUUCUGGACCUGUUUUUUUUUUUAUAAGAAUAGAUGACCUCAUUAAAAACCUUCCUCUGAGAGGUCCUUUAUCAUAUGCGGAACCUCCUGCAAGGUCAUUUACCGGUCAAGUUGGUGAACUUCGAGAGAUUAGUAGUAAUCUGUCACACAAUCAGUUUACAAGUGAAAUCCCCAUGGGGUAUGGACAAAGAUUGGGGAGGCCAUGGAGAACCCUGUUUUUAGAUCAUAACUACUUAUCGGGUCGCGUUUCAGUAGAGUUCGGCAGCGCCGUCGUGAGGAUUAGAGGCAGUCUGGCGAAUAAUUGCCUGAGAUGCCCUUUAAGGAUCCCGCUUUGCCGGGGGCGGCAGAGGCCGGCAUCGGCAUGA